CACAUUCACGCUCAAGGGGUUGUGUAAUUAGGGCACCUUUAAAAUGGUUUGCCCUGUUGGCCUUCUGAUGAAACCUUAUUGGCAGGGCUGAAAGCAGGAGAAAGCAAAAAGCACUAUUAAGUGCCUUUGGGAGGACUGUUGGAAGUCAAUCAGCUGGGGAGCCGCGUUGACAGUGCUCAGUUUGAGCUUCAAUCCAGAGAGAAAUAAUGUAUGGGCUGCUGUGUGAGAGUCUUCACGACUUCAUCAAGGAGUCGUACGGAGAUGAUGUGUGGAAGCUUGUCAGAGAGAGAGCAGAUGUCAGAUUGCACUCUUUUGUCACCCACCAGGUGUAUAGUGAGAGCGUGAUUCCCCGGAUUGCAAAGGCAGCCAGCGGAGUGACAGGCACGCCCUACAAUGAGCUCAUGAACUCCUGGGGCGUCUACUUCUUGGGCUUUGUGGGGAAAUAUGGCUAUGACAGGAUCCUUAAGGUGCUUGGCCGACAUGUACGUGACUUCGUCAACGGCCUCGACAACCUCCAUGAAUACCUGCGUUUCAGCUACCCCAAGGUGCAGCCCCCAACCUUCUUCUGCCAGGAGGAGUCUGCUACCGGAGUCACCCUCCACUACAGGAGUAAACGUAAAGGCUACCUGCACUACGCCAUGGGUCAGCUGAGACAGAUGGGGAAGCAGUUCUACGACACUGACAUCCAUGUGGAGGUGCUGUCUGAGCAGAUGGUCGGAGACUACUCCCAUGUCACCAUGAGGCUGAACUUUGACAACUCAGCGUACCGCUACAUCAUGAAGGAGGAUGAGGAGGAGCAGGAGAUUUUGCCCAUAACCUCUGACUUCUUCUUUGAGGUCUUCCCCUUUAAUAUCGUCUUCAGACAGGACAUGGUGGUGCACAACGUGGGCUCGGGCCUUGCUACAGUCUUCCCUGAUCUGGAUGGCAAGAAGAUCAACGAUGCCUUCUUGCUGGCUCGCCCUCUGGUGGAGUUCACCUGGAACAUGAUCAUCUCCCACCCCAACAACCUGUUUGAGAUCAUGUCCAAGGAGCCCGUGAAGAGAGAAAGGAACCUUCACAAUCGAGUCCAGAGUAAGAGCGGAAGCCAUGUAAACACUCGCAGGGAUUCUGACUAUGAAAAUGCAAAUCGCUCUGCUGAUGUAGAUGUGGAGCUCAUGGCUUUCCAGUCCAUCAUUGGAGAUGAUUACAAAGACGGUAACAGCGCUAACGCAAUGGAGAGCUGGGGUGAUGGGAGCCGCUGCCUCAAACUAAAAGGACAAAUGAGAUACAUGCCAGAGUGGGAGUCCAUCAUCUUCCUGGGAACCCCUGUCAUGGAGAGCCUGAGUGCUAUGUUUAAGACCGGCCUGUACAUCAAUGACCUGAGCAUGCAUGACUCCAGCAGAGACCUGGUGCUGGCGGGCACACAGCAGUCAGAGGAGCUGAAGAGAGCUCUCAUACAGGAGCAAAAGAAGUCCAGUAAGCUGGAGGAGAGCAUGAAGAUGUUGGACUACGAGAUGAAGAAGACUGACGACCUCCUGUACAGGAUGAUUCCCAAGCCGGUGGCUAAAAGGCUGCGCAAAGGAGAGCCAGCUGUAAACACUUGUGAGGUGUUCCCAGAUGUGACCAUCCUGUUCAGCGACGUGGUGGGAUUUACUCGCAUUUGCAGCCACAUCACUCCGAUGCAGGUGGUCUCCAUGCUCAACACCAUGUACACGCUGUUUGACACACUCAGUGAGAAGCACCGCGUCUUCAAGGUUGAGACCAUUGGAGAUGCAUACAUGGUGGUUGCAGGAGCUCCAGAGAAGACUAAGUAUCACGCUCAUAACAUCUGUGACAUGGCCUUAGACAUGGUGCGCUCCAUAGAUCACCUCAAAGACCCCUCCAACGGCAACAACAUACAGAUUCGUGUUGGGAUUCACUCUGGGAUGGUCGUGGCAGGUGUGGUAGGACAUAAAAUGCCACGUUAUGGUCUGCAUGGAGACACAGUCCACACAGCCUCUGCCAUGGAGAGCAAUGGAAAGGAGAUGCACAUUCAGCUCAGCAGCGCCACCUACGAGCACCUGAAAGGAAGUCACUUCAUUUUCGAACGAAGGGGUAUCAUUACCAUCAAGGGGAACGUUGAAAUUGAGACCUACUGGCUGAAGGGAAAAAGGGACAAGGAUGGGAAUGCUCAGGCAGCAUGUCCCCAGUUUGAGACCCAGACCAUCAGUAAGGCCAUCAGCAAGGCCACCAUCUCAGGCCCUGAGGCCACAGGGGAUGAGGAGGGACUGGUAAAGGUUUUCCCACUGGUAGCAGGGGAGGAGGAGGAUGACGUCAAAUCUAUUCGAUCUCAUCGAAUCAAGAUGGAGAUUUCAGGCCAUUCUCUGGAGGAAUCGAUAGAAGAGUGUCGGGUGGAGGAGAUGUCGGUUCAUAAGUCCCACUUUAAGGAUGCUUUGCAGGACGAGCUCGAGGACUCUCACCUUGAACUGGACUCACCUGAGUCUGACGGCAGAGACUCCCUCAUGGAGUCUCGUGACAGCUCCUGUGACUCCCGCUGCUCCAAAAGUGCCAUGUGUUCCGUGUCAUGAAUCGUGAGAUGAAUAAUGUUGCUCAAGCUGACGCUGUCUGAGGCUAAUGCCAGUAAUUCUUGUGUAUUACUCUUUCUAAAGUGCUUUUUGUACAGGCCAGAUGGCAGAUAGCAAUGCGGGUUUUAGCUGUUAUUUCAGCUUUUUGAAGCAGUUGUUGUGUUGAUGCCAAGGCAAUUUUAGAUGACAUGUUUGUACACUGACUAGACUCUAAUCCUUGGAAUUCCUAGUGUACCUGUGUGCUGUUAAAUUGUACAUCAGAACCAUCAGUGCUUUUUUUGCUCUCACAAUAAAGAAAUCAGUUUGUGUAAUUUUACACUUCCAACUCCUUUAAAUCUCAAUAAGCUUUUAAGAGUCAGCGGACACUUCUCCAUUUUCUUCCUCACAAGAGACACAUCAAAACAAACUGAAACUUUGCAGUGCACCUAUUGUGUAAUAUGCCUUUGUAUUAAUUAGUGUUCACCGCACUGUUCUGCUGCACUUCAUAGAUUUGACAUUGUGCUCCGUCCUGUGAAUUCCUCUGAGUCUCUCCGUCUCCUCUGUCUUUCAUCUUGCAUGUAUCAGCUUAUUGUUCUCUAUCAGUCAAAUACACAGCCAUGGCGCAAUGAAACUGCUUGUCUGCUCAGUGAAAAUAAAGUGAGACGUCUGCUGA